UUUGGAAUUUCAGUCUGAGUCGAUCGAUCAGCUGACUUGUGUCUACUCUCGACUAGUUUCUAGAGGAAAGCUCUUCAAGAUGUCUGGGAAUAUUUGUGAAAAUGAUGCCGGCUUGCACGACUCUCACGAACAACGUCCUCUUAUAAAAGAAGAAAGGAAAAAGAAAGAAGAUUUUCUUGUCGCUCCGAAAGUGCCUGGUCUUAUAUCUGCCCGUCAUAUGCUUGCAUUCCUGGGGUUCUUGGGAUUCAUCAAUGUCUAUGCUAUGAGAGUAAACCUCAGUGUUGCCUUAGCAGACAUGGUGAACAGUACGACUGAAUUCAACAGCACCCAGAUCAGCUGCCCAGUCAAUGACUCGCUACCAGCAAACUCAACAAAGAAGGAAGGAGAGUUUAAUUGGGAUUCAAACACAAAAGAGCAGAUCCUUGCUUCUUUCUUCUAUGGCUACAUCCUGACCCAGAUACCCGGGGGUUUCUUGGCCGAUCUGAUGGGGGCCAAGUGGCUCUUCGGGUCGGGAGUGCUCUGUACGGCCGUGUUUACUCUCCUGACCCCUGUUGCUGCCAGGGCUGGUCUGGCUUGGCUCAUCGUUGUCAGGGUCAUUGCAGGCAUAGGAGAGGGUGUCACAUUCCCAGCCAUGAAUGCUAUGUGGGCUCACUGGGCUCCGCCUGUUGAGAGGAGUCGUCUUCUGACAUUCACAUAUGCAGGUUCGCAUUUUGGUACAGUUUUAGCAUUGCCGAUCUCUGGCGUUCUUUGUAAAUCCGAAUUCCUUGGUGGCUGGCCAUCAGUCUUCUAUGUCUUUGGUGUCUUUGGAGUUGUAUGGUUUAUUUUCUGGAUUGCACUAGUGCAUGAUACACCGGAUAAACACCCUCGAAUCUCACCCGAAGAACGCUUCUUCCUUCAGAAAGCAAUCAAGCCCAAAGAUAAGAACUUGAAGGUGCCAUGGCUCCAGAUGUUGACAUCAGUGAGACUAUUAGCAAUCAGCUUAUCCCAUUUUUCAAACAAUUUUGGUUUCUACACAUUGCUGACCAAUCUACCUUCCUACUUGAAAUUUGGACUUGGCUUCGAUAUAUCACAAAGUGGAUUUUUAGCUGCUGUGCCUUAUUUAGUUAUGUGGAUCAUGAUCAAUGCUGGGGGUCAGGUAGCAGACUUCCUUCGUGGACGCUAUAUACUAUCGACAACUAAUACAAGGAAACUAUUGAAUACUCUAGGUCUUGUAUUACCAGCCCUGUUCCUAGUAGUUACCGGGUACAUUGGCUGCAACCAUGUUUUGGCUGUGGCGUUCCUAACCCUGGCCGUGGGAACAGGGGGGUUGGCUAUGUCCGGCUUCAAUGUCAAUCAUCUGGACAUCGCACCGGCCUAUGGGGGUGUUCUCAUGGGCAUUACCAACACCAUCGGGACCAUCCCAGGAAUUCUAGGCCCUUCUCUGGUCGGGCUCUACGUCACCAAUGAGUACGACAUCUCUCAAUGGCAGAUUGCAUUCUGGGUCUGUUUUGGUGUUUACAUGUUUGGCGCCAUCACCUACCUCUUCAUGGGCACCGGCGAGCUUCAACCCUGGGCCGACCCAGAGCUCCAGACCAAGCCCGACCGACCUCCCGGUGGUGAUAAAGACACCGAUGGCCUUCCAUACUGCCAGUACGACAAAUGUAAUAGUAUUAACAGUGGAUUAUCACACACUGGGAACAGUGGUGUAGUGAUGUCUUAAUCAUACAGUAAUGAUAAUCAUGUCAGUUUUUUAUUAAAUGAUGGUGCAAUAUUAAAUGUGAUUGUAAGACAAAAAUCCCUCCAAAUAAUAAGACAUAUUCCAAAAGCAGUGGAUAGAAUACUUGAAUACACUCUAUGAUAAGUACUUGUAUUAUAUGAUGGAUUUGGAAUGGAAGCAACUUACUGUAAACCGGUAAUUUUCGUGCGAUUU